CGAAAUUUAUCGAUCAUCUUAGAGUACGAUGUACAAAUUUAUUAUCAUUUGUUCUUUCCGAUGGAGUUUAUUAUGAAGGAACUAAAGCAAAUUUUGAACGUGCUGAACGAUUUAGUGUAGUACGAACAACAACAAUGUAUCAAACAAGUAUUGUUAGUGCACUUAGUUUUUAUAAUGAAUUAAGAUUUAAUUAA